ACUAGUCCCGCCGGGUCGGGUGGCGGGAAAGGCUGCGGCGCGGCGCGUGAGGGCUGCUGGCUCCGCAGGGAUCCUGAGGACCGGCGGGGAGCGGGCCCUGGCAACCACUAAUCUACUUUGUGUCUAUAUGGGUUUGCCUAUUCUGGACAUUUCAUAUAAAUGGAAUCAUACAGCCUCAUCAUUUCUGGGUCCUGUCUCCACCUACCUUAUAUCAGUGUCUCUUGGCUGGCCCACUGGUGUAUGGACUUACACAUGAUGAAUUGUGAACUUCUGGCCACAUGUAGUGCCCUUGGGUACUUAGAGGGAGACACUUACCACAAGGAACCAGAUUGCUUGGAGAGCGUGAAGGAUUUGAUCCGCUACUUGAGGCACGAGGAUGACACUUGCAACGUGCGGCAGCAGCUGGGGGCAGCCCAAAUCCUGCAGCGUGACCUUCUACCCAUCCUUACCCAACACCGCCAGGACAAGCCUCUUUUUGAUGCCGUUAUCAGGCUGAUGGUGAACUUGACACAACCAGCCUUGCUCUGUUUUGGCAGUGUGCCCAAGGAGCCUGGCUUGCGGCACCAUUUUCUGCAGGUGCUGGCGUACUUGCAGGCCUACAAAGAGGCCUUUGCCAGUGAGAAAGCUUUUGGAGUCCUCAGUGAAACUUUGUAUGAGCUGCUGCAGCUGGGCUGGGAGGAACGGCAGGAGGAAGACAACUUGCUGAUUGAACGGAUCCUGCUGCUGGUCAGAAAUAUUCUCCAUGUUCCAACUGACCUUGAUCAGGAGAAGAGGAUCGACAAUGACGCCAGUGUCCAUGACCAGCUUCUCUGGGCAAUUCACCUCAGUGGCCUGGAUGACCUGCUUCUCUUUCUGGCCAGCUCGCCCGCUGAGCAACAGUGGAGCCUGCAUGUGCUAGAGAUUGUCUCCCUCAUGUUUCGUGACCAGAACCCUGAACAGCUGGCAGGAGUAGGACAGGGACGCUUAGCGCAGGAGCGGAGCACAGAUGUGGCAGAACUGGAGGUGUUGCGCCAGCGAGAGAUGGCAGAAAAGAAGACUCGAGCCCUUCAGCGAGGCAGCAGGCAUUCUCGAUUUGGGGGCUCCUACAUUGUCCAGGGUUUGAAAUCCAUUGGGGAGAGGGACCUCAUCUUUCACAAAGGUCUCCACAAUCUCCAAAACUACAGUUCGGAUUUGGGAAAGCAGCCCCGAAGGGUGCCUAAACGUCGUCAAGCUGCCCGGGAGCUAUCCAUUCAGCGCCGCUCUGCCCUCAAUGUGAGACUCUUCCUCAGAGACUUCUGCUCUGAGUUCUUGGAGAACUGUUAUAACCGGCUCAUGGGCUCGGUGAAGGAUCACCUGCUGCGGGAGAAGGCUCAGCAGCAUGAUGAGACCUACUACAUGUGGGCCUUGGCUUUCUUCAUGGCCUUCAACCGAGCUGCCUCCUUCCGGCCAGGCCUGGUUUCUGAGACCCUCAGUGUCCGUACCUUCCACUUCAUUGAACAGAACCUCACCAACUACUAUGAGAUGAUGCUGACUGACCGCAAGGAAGCCGCGUCCUGGGCACGGCGGAUGCACCUGGCCCUGAAGGCCUAUCAGGAGCUGUUGGCCACAGUGAAUGAGAUGGACAUGUCCCUGGACGAGGCUGUGAGGGAGAGCAGCCGCAUCAUCAAGAACAACAUUUUCUAUGUGAUGGAGUACCGAGAACUCUUCCUGGCACUCUUUCGAAAGUUUGAUGAGAGAUGCCAGCCACGCUCUUUCCUUCGGGACCUGGUGGAAACCACCCACCUCUUCCUCAAGAUGUUGGAGCGGUUCUGUCGGAGCCGUGGGAACCUGGUGGUGCAGAACAAACGAAAGAAGAGAAAGAAGAAAAAGAAGGUUCUAGAUCGGCCUGUUGCUUCUGGUGAUGUCCCCUCUGGUGCAGGGGCACUAGAGGCUGUGUGGCCAUCCCUGGCCGAGCAGCUACAGUGCUGUGCCCAGGGUCCAGAGCUCAGUGUGGACUCCGUGGUUCCCUUUGAUGCGGCUUCAGAGGUGUCUGUGGAAGAGCAGCGGGCAGAAGCCAUGGUGCGGAUCCAAGACUGUCUCCUGGCUGGCCAGGCCCCACAAGCCCUGGCCCUCCUUAGGUCUGCCCGGGAGGUGUGGCCAGAAGGAGAUGUGUUUGGCCCUCAAGACAUUUCUGCAGAGGAAGAGAUCCAGCUGCUGAAACAGAUCCUCUGCGCCCCGCUUCCCCGGCAGCAGGGGCCAGAGGAACGAGGGGCAGAGGAAGAGGAAGACGAGGACGAGGACGAGGAAGAGUUGCAAGCGGUCCAGGUGUCAGAGAAAGAAUUUAAUUUCCUGGACUACCUGAAACGUUUUGCAAGCUCAGCUGUUGUGCGAGCCUGCGUGCUCCUGCUGCGGAGCUACGGACAGAACAGCGCCCACACCAACCGCUGUGUGGUCAAGCUGCUGCACCGCCUGGCCCACGACCUCCGGAUGGAGGGCCUGCUUUUCCAGCUCUCACUCUUCUGCCUCUUCAACCGGCUGCUCAGCGACCCGGCCGCCGGGGCCUACAAAGAGCUCGUGACUUUCGCCAAGUACAUCCUGGGCAAGUUCUUUGCGUUGGCUGCAGUCAACCAGAAAGCCUUUGUGGAGCUGCUGUUCUGGAAGAACACAGCUGUGGUCCGAGAGAUGGCCGAGGGCUAUGGCUCUCUGGACGGCGGGUCCUCCAGUCGCAAACCCCCUAUGUGGAGCCCGGAGGAGGAGGCCCAGCUUCAGGAACUAUACCUUGCCCAUAGGGAUGUGGAAGGUCAGGAUGUGGUGGACAUCAUCUUGGCGCACCUGAAAACCCCUCGAACACGCAAGCAGGUCAUCCACCAUCUGGUACGGCUGGGCCUGGCUGACAGCGUCAGAGACUUCCAAAGGAAAGGAACCCAUAUUGUACUGUGGACGGAAGAUCAGGAGCUAGAGCUGCAGCGGCUGUUCGAGGAGUUCCAGGACUCAGAUGACGUGCUGGGCCAUAUCAUGAAGAAUAUCACGGCCAAACGCUCACGGGCCCGAAUAGUGGAGAAGCUGCUGGCUCUGGGACUGGUGGCUGAGCGGCGGGAGCUAUAUAAGAAACGCCGCAAGAAGCUGGCGCCCUCAAGCUUGCCUAAUGGAGAGGAGUCCCAGAAAGAUUUUUACCAGGAAGAUCUGGAAGAAGGAGAAAACCGGCCAGAGGCAGAGAGUGACGAGGAUGAAGGGAAAGAGGAGGAGGACUCAGAAGCAGAACAAGCCGAGGGUAGCUCAGUCCUUUCAGCUGAGACCCUUGGGCAAAGCCUGUCUCAGGAAGGCUUCUCUGCUCCCCUUCUGUGGCUCCAGAGCUGUCUGAUUCGAGCAGCUGACAAUCGAGAAGAGGAUGGCUGCUCCCAGGCAGUGCCUUUGGUGCCGCUGACGGAAGAAAAUGAGGAAGCAAUGGAAAAUGAGCAGUUUCAACAGCUAUUGCGCAAGCUUGGGGUUCGGCCUCCUGCCUCUGGGCAGGAAACCUUCUGGAGAAUUCCAGCUAAGCUGAGUCCUACCCAGCUCCGGAAGGUAGCGGCUUCUUUGAGUCAGCCCGAGGAGGAGGAAGAACUUCAGCCAGGACCAGAACCUAAAGUGCCGGGAGAGCAAGGCCCUGAAGAGGAGCACCAAAAGGAGCACCGUGCACAGGCCCUAAGGGCCCUCCUGCUAGCCCGAAAAAAGAAAGCCGGCCUGGUGUCCCCAGGGGGGGAAGGGGCUGCUGGCGAGAAAGAACAGCUGAAAAUGGCACCCAGGAAGCGACAACUGCUAGACAGCGAUGAGGAACAGGAUGAAGACGAGGGCAGGAACAAAGAGUCAAGAGCUCCAGAAAUCCUAAAGAAGAAACGGUUCCAGAUUGAGGAUGAAGAUGAGAGCGACUGAAGACCUAGAAGCUUCGGGGAAGGGGUAGACCAUUUUUAGGUGGGGAAUUUAAGUCAGAGUUCAGAGGGUCACACAGGACCCAGAGACUCCUCUUACCAGACAGAAGCAGUAGAGUCCUGGGCUUCCCCGUGGAUCUACGGUUCUGGAAGUUCAGGCAGGGACACCUGGGUGGCUCAGUCAUUAAGCGUCUGCCUUCGGCUCGGGUCAUGAUCCCAGGGUCCUAGGAUCGAGCCCCGGAUCGGGCUCCCUGCUCCGGGGGAGGCCUGCUUCUCCCUCUCCCAGUCCCCCUGCUUGUGUUCCCUCUCUUGCUGUGUCUCUGUCAAAUAAAUAAAAGGCAACAGCUGUUGGA